AUGAGAAAAAGUCUCCCUCUUUGCAAAAAGAGCAAAACAGAGAACAAUUCUGGAGAUGCUGUUCCUUUGGACAUAGUGACGGAGGUUCUUAACCGAUUGCCUGCGAAAUCCGUAGCUAGGUUUAUGCUGGUAUCGAAAUCAUGGGCAAGAACCAUCCGGAGCAAGUGUUUCAUCAGAUGGUUUCCCUUUGGAUCCUCGACACAGCCUUUGCAUCUCCUGCUCGCUUUCAAGCACAAAGCUAUCGACACGGGACACCGAAGGUGCCGCUUCUUCUCUAGUCCUUCGCUGUCGUUUCCAUCGACAUCGAUAGAAUUACCAACCUCUUUUCUAUCCAAAAUAAAAUGGCCGCCUCACCAAAAUGAUUCGCUAAUCGAGUGCCCUACUUAUUACGUCAAGGGUUUGGUUUGCGUCGGAGAAGUCAUAUGUAACCCUUGCACCGGAAAGUUCAUAACUUUACCAAGCUUCGAAGCCGAUAUCUCCACCCGGUUCGAACGCUUUUUCGGGUACGAUCCAGUCAAUGACGAGUACAAAGUGUUGCUCAUGGGGAAACCUUUCGAGGUGCCUAUGGAAGAUCCGUGGCCUGACUUUCGAGUGUUCACACUGGGAGCUAAACAAGAACCAUGGAGAGAGAUCCAUUGCAGCGUUCCUCACCGUCCUUACUCUAGAGGCGAGUGUAUAGAUGGAGCUGUAGUAUCUGAGGAUAUUCGACAUUGGGAUGGUGCUGUUCCGACAACUUUGGUGAACUAUCACGGCAAAGUAGCCGCAGCAAUCGAACCUGUCAGGGAUGAGAGUACGAUUCAUUUGUUUGUUUUUGAAGAAGGGAAACAGGGUUUCCAUGAAAGGUCUUUCCAUAAUCUUCCGUAUCUGCCUUUAGAUAUGAAAGGUAUUAAUCGUAUGGGUGAGGCUAUUUUUGCACCCACCGUUCAAAAUGGGGCUGCUAGAGUUAUCCGCUACGAUCUCAAGGGAGCUAGUUGUGAGACGAACACUAUUAAGUUUUCCGAAUACAGUAAUUGGUCUACUGAAGCAAUGUACUUCGUGGAUUACGUAGAGAGUCUUAUGCUCUUGUAG